AAAAUAGGGUUUUAAGAAAAUUAGCAAAGGUGCCAGAUAAUUAUGGAUUUGAUAUAGAAUAAAUAAAAAUUAAUGAUUUUAAAAGAGUAGAAGAUUAUAAAGCUGAAAUUAGAUAUUUAGUUAAAGAAUAAGAAGAAUUUGAAGGUGAAAGAAUUUAAUUAAGAAAUAAAAUUAGAAUUCUUUAAAAUAUGCUUGAUAAGCAUCCAUAAGGUGAAAGAUAUGCAAAUUUAACACCUAUAGAAAUAUAAUAAGUAGAUGAAUUUGUUCUUAAUUUAAAAAACGUUUUAGUUAAUAAAGAUACACAUAAUCAUAAAUAAUGCUAGUUGAAAAUUUAAUUAUUAGAAGAGAAAUUAAAGGAAUUACAAAAUUAAUAAGUUAAUUUAGAUGAUGAUAAAAUAAAUUAUUUAGCAUAAUUAAAACAUUCAGAUAUACUUUCGAUUAUUAAAUAAAACGAAGAUUUAAAAAAAGCUUUGGAAAUUAUCACUGAUUAAUUAUAAAAUAUAAACCAGAAAAGGAAUUUGAAAUCUAAUAAAAAUUAACCUGUUUAAAAUAUAAAUUAAAUAGAUAAUUAAAUUUAAAAUUAAAAUUAAGAUAAUGAUUAUUUAGCUAAAUGGCCUGAACCUAUUCCUGGUAUAUAAUUUAAUUAUAAAGAUAUUUCUACUGUUAAAUCUUAUCGAUUAAAUUAAAUUAUUCCUGCAUAAUUAAUAUAAUUUUAAAAUGAUUCAGGAUUCGAUGUAAUGUUAAGUAAGUUUUAAGUUAGUUAAUUGCAAAUUAUGAAUAUUGAAUUAAUGCAUAUAGUAUCCUAAAAAGAAAAAGAAAAUUUAAUAAUCAAAGAGGAAUUGGAAGAAAUGAGAAAUUAGUUUAAAUAAUGUCUUUUAAUAUAGGAUAAUUUAUAUGAAUAGUAUUUUGAAAAAAAGGAAGAAUUUCUAAAUAAAAAUAAGAUUUUAUAAAAAUAGAUUGACGAAAAAAGUUAAGAAUUACUUCUAGUUUAAUAAUAAAUUUAAGAAUAUAUAAAAAAUCAAGCAUUAUAAUAAAAUAAUAAUUAAGGACAAAUAAAAUAAAGAAUUUAAGAAUUAACUUUAAAAAAUUCUAAAUUAGAAAUAUGCUUAGUUAGGUUAAAUAGAUAAUAUCAAUGUAUUAAAGAUGAAUAUAAUGAAAUGUCGGAAAGUUAUUAAAAUUAUAGCGUUGAAUUUUGUGAAAAAGAGAAAUUAUUAUUAAAUAAAAUACAUUAAUUAAUGGGUUGGAAAAGUAAAGCAUAGCAUUAUUUGAAAACUCUUUUAAUAGAAUGUAAUAAUUCAAUUCCUAAAUCUGAUCAUAAUGAGUUAAGAAAUUAACUAGAUAAAUAUAUAGAAGAAAUAGUUCUUAUUAAAGAAAAAAUGCUACAUAUUAAUAUCAAAUAUAAUAAAUAAAAAAUUUUGAAAGAUAAGUAUUUGAAAAAAGUAGGGAAACAUAGUUACUAAAAAAUGAAUUAAUGGAUACAUAAUUAGAAUUAGAAUUAUCAAAUAAAAUGCUAGAAAAAUCGAAUCCUUUAUUUAAUAGAUUCUAAACUGCUUUUGGUAAAAUAAUUAAGAUAAUGCAAGAAAAAAAUUAGCCCAAACAAAUUAAUUUAAAAAUAAUCUGUAAAUCAAUUAGAUUAAACUUAUAUAACUCUCGAAUAAUUUAAAUAAGUAUUUUAAUCUUUCCGGAUAGAUUUAAAACCUGAUGAAGUGGAAAUAAUAUUUAAAUUUAUAGAUAAUGACGGGAAUAAUAUGAUAGAAUUACAAGAAUUCAUUCGUAAAGCAAAAAGAAUGGGUUUAACAGUUCGUUCACACCACGAUGAAAUAAUAUAUGAAUUAUGGGAUUAAUUUAAAUAAGCUGGAAUUACAUUAGAUUAAGCCUUCACCUUAUUUGAUUAAAAUAAAGAAGGAUAAAUUUCAAAAUAAGAAAUGAUGUCUUAAAUAUAAAUUUUAAUAAAAGAAAUUAAGAAAGAAACAAUUGAUUAUAUUUUUUAAAUAGCAGAUACUUCUGGCGAUGGGAAAAUUACAUAUAGUGAAUUUUUCGGACUUUUUGAAAAUAAUAUUUAAGAAUUAAUUAGAUAGGAGGCUAUUAAGGAGAUGUAAGAUUUAAGUUGGGAGAAAAACUUGGCAUUAAAAAUAGAUGAAAAAAUACACUAGAAAGAUUUAUAUAUUAAAGAUUUAUAUACACUAUUGGAUAUGGAUAAUAAUGAUUAGAUUAGUUUAGAAGAAUUUUUCGGACUUUUUUAAAAAUUGGAAAUUUAAAUAGAAGAUGAAGAUGCGAAAUUGCUUUUUUAAGAUAUAGAUGCGGAUAAUUCUGGCUAUAUAGAAUAUAAUGAAUUAAUUAAUUAUAUAAGAAAGGCUUAGAGUGAGAAAAUUAAAAUUAUAAAAAUGUAAAAAAUAUAGAAUAAAAUUUAAUAAAUAAGUAAGGAUUUUACAUAAAAAACUUAAGAGUUUUUACAACUUUAAGAAGGGAAUAAUAAUUAGAUUUCUUCCAGUUUAUCAAGGGAAGAACGAUUUGAGAUAGAUUUUUAGUUGAUUUAGUUAAAAAAUAAGGCUUUGGUUGAAAAAAGUGAAUGUUUAGAACUUUUUAUAGCUAGAUGUGAAAAAGAUAAAGCUAAAUUAGAACUUUAAAUUAAAGAUUUGGAGGAAGAAUAGAAAUCUAAUGGGAAAAAAAUAUAGGAGUUGUUAAUUUAGAAUAAUAUAUUAGUAGAAUAGGGAUAAAAUGUAUUAAAAAGUUAAAAAAUUAAACAAGUUCAUGCUCUAAAUUAAAAAUUAAUUAAAUAAAAUUUAGAGUUAAAAAACUCUAAUAAUACAUUAAAUACUUUGUAUUAGUUUGCAAGCGAUUAGGUUAAAUAAUUACUUGUUUCAAAUUAAAAAAUUUAAUAUGAGUUUAAUACUUUGAGAGAUUUAGUUAAGUUUUUAUAAAGUUUAAGCGAUGAAAAUGUUGUUUUGGGGAAAAUUUAACACUAAUUGAUGAUUUCGAGGUUUAAUUAGGGAUUAAUUGGAUGUAAAUAUGAAAAAGUUUUGAGUUAAUUCGAAUAAGCGAAGACUGAAAUUAUUAAUUUAGAAGGAACUAUUUAAGAAUUGGAAACCGAAAAUAUCGAAAAUAGGGAAAUUUUGAGGUAAAAAAUAAGCUUUUAUGAAUAAUAAAUAUCAGGUUUAAGGAAAAAAAUAAUCCCGUGUAUAAAUAUGGGUAAAAUUGAAAGAAUGUAUAGGUAGAUUUGCGAAUUAAGUACAUAAAAAAGUAAUUUAGAAAUAUAAAAUAAUAAAAUAAGGAAUGAAAAUAAUGAAUUAAAUAUAAAAUGUGAUUAUUUUGAAUAUUUAGAAUAAGGAUUAUAGGAAAUGAAGAAUUUUAUUAAAAUAGAUUAAAAUGAGGAAUUUUAUAAAUUAAAAGUAAUAUAAUAUGCUACUUAAGUAAAUGAACUGAAAAUAUUAGAAUUUUAAUUAAAAAAAGAUAGAUAAAUUAAUAUUUAAUAGUAAGAAUUUUAUUAAAAAUAAAUGAGAUAACAUAUAGAACAUUAAACUUAUUUGGAAGUAGAAUUAGAUAAUGUAAAUAAAAAAAUAUAAUAAAGAGAAAUUUUCUGGUAAAAAAAUAUGAAGAAUUAUCUAAUAUUUUAAUAAGAAAUACUAAUAAUAAUGAAGUUAUUAAUAUAUUAGAAAAACCUUAAUAAUCAAAAUUAUUAAAUAUAGAAUUUUAAAAUAAUAAUAAUGAUUUAUAGUAAUAGUAUUAAUAAGUUGUUGAUGAUUAUAAAAAUUAAAUGGAAAAUUUCAAAAAAAAUGAAUUUGAAUUAAAAAAUUCAAUAUUAUAAAAAAACAUAGAAAUUUAAAAUUUGGAAAAUGAAAAAAAUUCUAUAUUAGAAAAAUGUUUGUAAUUGA